GGGAAAAGAGCAACAACUGUCAUUCCGCCAUUAUCAAAAGUUAAAUUUGCACAUAGCUGUUUCGCAUCGCGGCCGAAAAAGUUCGGAAAAUUUGAUGAAAUAGUGUAAUAAAAUUGCCUUAAAUAACUCAAACUAGAGGACGGCGAUUCUAGUUUGGGAACGGAAACUCAAUUAACUCGAGUGGCUUCCGAAAACCGUUCAACUUCCGGUUGUGUUUGAGGGAGUUGGAAAAUUUCUAGAACACGGGUGUUCAAACUUUUUGUUCCUAGCUUCUCAUACACGGGACGCUGCGGGUUGCACCAAGGAAGACGAAUUUGAGUAAGAUUUUGGUGAGGGAAAGGAAAGGUUGUUUCAAAAAAGAUGUCCCUCCCGGAAAGUUUCGGUGAAGUGAAGCUGUCACACCGCACCCGGAAGCGGGUGCGAGAAGUGAAGCGGAAAGCUCGACCAGAGCUAGCAGACAAAGCGGCGUGGGUCCACCUGGAAUACUACAGAAAGUUUGACAAAUUCCGGGAGUUUGAUGAUAACGUAGAGCGGAUAAACGUCAAUUCCGUUAGUCCGCAGGAGUUCAUCGAUCGGUACGAGAGCCUCUACAAGCCGGUGGUGAUCGAGGGUAUGCAGGAAGGUUGGAAGGCUCAGUACAAAUGGACUCUGGAGCGGUUGGCCAAAAAGUACAGGAAUCAAAAGUUCAAGUGCGGCGAGGACAACGAGGGCUAUAGCGUCAAGAUGAAGAUGAAGUACUAUGUCGAGUACAUGAAGACCACGACCGAUGAUAGUCCGUUGUAUAUCUUCGAUAGUAGCUUUGGGGAGCACCAUCGUCGAAAAAAGCUGCUGGAGGACUACGAUAUUCCGCUGUACUUUCGUGAUGAUCUGUUCAAACAUGCCGGCGAGGAACGUCGGCCCCCGUAUCGGUGGAUGGUCAUUGGCCCAGCCCGGUCCGGAACCGGCAUUCACAUCGAUCCACUCGGUACCAGUGCCUGGAAUGCACUGGUUAGGGGCCACAAGCGGUGGUGCCUUUUUCCAACCCACACGCCCAAAGAGCUGCUCAAGGUGACCGGAGCCAUCGGGGGCAAGCAGCGGGACGAGGCGAUUACCUGGUUCAACCUGAUCUAUCCCAAAACCAAACAGCUGGACUGGCCGAGUAACUGCCGACCGCUUGAAAUCCUCCAGAAGCCGGGCGAAACGGUGUUUGUCCCGGGCGGCUGGUGGCACGUGGUGCUCAACAUGGACGAAACGAUAGCAGUCACGCAAAACUUCUGCAGCAAAACCAACUUCCCGGUGGUGUGGCACAAAACGGUACGCGGCCGGCCAAAGCUGUCGAAGAAGUGGUUCAAAGUUUUGCAGGAAGUGGAACCGGAGCUUGCCAAAGUGGCCGCCGAUAUCGAUCUGGCUCAGAGCACCGGGGUGGCUUCCGAUAGUUCCAGCAAUUCCAGUUCCUCGUCUUCCAGCUCUAGUAGCGACGAAAGUGACAGCGAUUCGAACACCGAUAGUGGUCAGGAGUCGCUGUCCGCGCACAAAACCAAGAAGCGCCGAAAAACGGGCGGCAUGAUGGCUUGAUUGUUGUUCUAAGUGCGCUUCCGCUUCCGUUUGCUCUCGUCUGCGAUGAGAUUUUUCUUGUUUCAACUUUUUUUCUGUAAAGAUUUCGGGUGUCCUGGACAUGGAAAACGAAUGAUAAAACUAAACGGAUUGAUUAGUAACAUCAACAACUUAUUUGAACUCAUUUUAUCGAUUGGUUGACUAUUGUUAUCGGUUGGGUGGAAAAGAGUAUUAUAACAUUGGAACUUUACUUUUAAUAACUUAUAACCGUGUUGGCUCGAGAGGUGUUUCUUCAUUUAAAACGCCUGGCAGUGCAGUAAAGUGUCAAGAACUUUUAGUUCAAAAGUGCGUAUGUGAACGUGUGCUGAAAACGCGAAUUCUAAAACUGAAAAGAAGAAAGCAACAAGUCUGUAGCCAAAUUAGCAUUGACCUAUUAAUUAUAAUAGAAAACAACCCUCUCAUCCCAUUAAAGAUAAAAUGUAAAGAUAAAAAAAUUUGAAGAAUAAUCAAACAACACUAACUAAACGCAAUCAUUUAAUGGAAAAAGUGUAGGAUAAGCGUGUAGGAUAACUUGUUUGCUGCAAUCGAAAAGGAGAAAAACUCGAAGUGGAAAAAUCAAUCAUAAAAUUGCUGUAAAUUAUCAAAACACAUGUAAGUAAUCAAACAAACAAACAAAUAGAGGAAACAGCUAGUGUUAACAGGAAUUAUACCCUGUUGAAACUGAAAAAGAAACUCAACACGAUUAAAUUAACGGUAUUUGUGCCUUUCAAGAAAACAAAAGCCAAGUCUAACAGCAAACAGAAAAACGGAACAACAGGAAGUUGCGUUUUCCGUUUUUUCUGCUUCCCACAAAAGAAAUCAAAUCAAACAAACCACGGAGAUUGUUGUUCUGGUUCUAGCAAAAAAAAAAACCCAAAACAAAACGUGGAGCGGAACAAUUAUUAUAUGCUAGGUAGAAUUUGAAUACAAUUCGUAAUUGAAUAUGAAAUGUGUAGGCUGACCAAAGAUCGAUAGCCAAUCGAUCGAUUGAUCAAAAAUCACUCAGCUCGACGAGUUCGUGUUUCUGUGGUGAGCAACCAACAGAAGACGGAAACAAACAUCCUCAACAUAUAUCUAGCGGUUACAAGCAACAAUAAAAUGAAAUUGAAAUGUAAACAGAAAAAA